AUUUAUUCUCAGGCGGUGGCAGAAGGACGCUGUGACGGAAGACCGCAGGCUGCACAUCGACAUGGCCAACGCAACAUCAGUCCAUUUUGCAAUCUUUUGCAGUAUGUGAGCAACAUUACUCUUCAAUAGUAUCGCUUCCUCACGCGUGCAUCCUGUGGAGGCAGUCUGUGAGCACAGAAUUGAAUGCACAGAGUCACAUCGUCGCCGUCGUCACUACGGCGCAUGCCCUACAAAACAACACCUGCGGGUUAUGUCUGAACCCAACAAUCAGCUUCCGUCUUUACACCUUACCCUCGAGGUCCCAUUGUUGUCUGAGAUGCGUGUUUGAUCGGCCGGCGUACGCCCGGAUCUCCCAAGAUGGCUGCGCACAACGGCCAGACACAUGUUGGCUUGGGACUAGACAUGACAUAUCGCAGGCCAACAACGCAAGAGCAUAAUCGACCUGUCAGGGGAGACAUGGCUGAGGAUGAGACUCGAUCUAUGACAGACGCCACCUACCAACUAUCGUCGCAGCUAAAUGGAGGCGGACUGGGUCACCUCAAUGGACACACGACACCCAGACUAAUACCCGAGUCUGCAGACUACCUCAGUGCAAAACCUUUACAUCGUACUAGAAGUGACCUUGGUCCGCGGCGGAAAGAGGGAGUAACUCCCGAGGCCUCAGACGACAAGCUCGCACACAUCCGACAUGGCUGGGACGAUGAGUACACAUCAAACGAGUACCUGUCACUGUUACACUCAACCUUCUACAUGUAUUACACAGAAAAGCGCCAUGAAAGCAAUGGCUCGCAGUCAGAGGAGUCCAAGAAGUUUCCCAGCGUGGAUUGGCGCAUGAAAGAUAGGAUGAAGACCGUUUCUGCCGCACUAGCAAUCUGCCUGAACAUUGGCGUGGAUCCUCCGGAUGUGAUCAAGACCAAUCCAACGGCGAAGCUCGAGGCCUGGGUCGAUCCGACUGGCAGCAGCAGCGGUUCGACAAAAACGAUGGAGCAGAUCGGCAAACGGCUACAAGAGCAGUAUGAGUCGCUGAGUUUGCGAACUAGGUAUAAGCAGUACUUGGACCCAUCCAUUGACGAAACGAAAAGAUUCUGUAUCUCGUUGCGGCGUAACGCGAAGGACGAGCGAGUCUUGUUUCAUUACAACGGCCAUGGUGUGCCUCUUCCGACCGCCUCGGGUGAGAUCUGGGUCUUUAACAAGAACUACACGCAAUACAUCCCGGUUGGGAUUUAUGAUCUUCAGUCCUGGCUAGGCGGCCCGAGUUUGUUUGUCUACGAUGUCUCGCACGCCGGCAACAUUGUGGCCAAUUUCGACACCUUCCUCGCUAAGCAUGAGAAGGAGAAUGAAGAGCUUAAGAAGCGGGAUCCGAGCGCGCAAAUACAAAAUUACGGUGACUGCAUACAGCUGGCUGCCUGUGAUAAGACUGAGAUGCUACCGACAAAUCCGGAUCUUCCUGCAGACUUAUUCACAUGCUGUCUCACAACUCCUAUAGACAUUGCUCUGAGGUGGUUUGUGUUGCAGAAUCCCCUUCCCAACGGAUCACUACUGGAGGAAGGGAAGAUUCCGGUGCCGGGUCGUCUUCAAGACAGAAGAAGUCCCCUAGGCGAAUUGAAUUGGAUCUUCACAGCCAUCACCGAUACUAUCGCGUGGAACAUUCUGCCUAGGACACUGUUCAAGAAGCUUUUCCGCCAGGAUCUCAUGGUGGCUGCGCUGUUCCGCAACUUCUUACUCAGUGAACGGAUCAUGCGAGCGAAUCAUUGCCAUCCUAUAUCAUCACCAACCCUGCCUGAAACGCACCGUCAUCCACUGUGGCAGAGCUGGGACCUUGCCAUGGAAAUGGUCCUGGCACAGUUACCUAUGUUGCGUGAAGCAGAGGAAGGAAAGCGUGUGUACGAGUAUCAGCAUUCGACCUUCUUCUCCGAGCAACUCACAGCCUUUGAGGUCUACCUCAGCUCUGGUCCGACCAAAGAUCGUGCUCCAGAUCAAUUACCGAUUGUACUACAAGUGCUUCUUAGUCAGGUGCACCGCCUACGCGCUUUGAUAUUGUUGAGCAAGUUCCUAGACUUGGGACCUUGGGCGGUUCAUCUGGCUUUGAGUAUCGGUAUCUUUCCUUAUGUUGUCAAGCUCCUGCAAGCGGCGUCACUCGAACUCAAACCUGUUAUGGUCUUCAUUUGGGCUCGAAUUAUGGCUGUCGACCACACUGUUCAGACUGAUCUGUUGAAGGACAACGGUAUUCAUUAUUUCAUCUCCAUCAUGAACCCUCGCUCCGACAUUCCUGUUGGCAACGCAAGCGAACAUCGAGCCAUGUGUGCAUUCAUCGUGGCCACCUUUUGCAGGAAGUAUGCUCCUGGUCAGACCGUCUGUCUGCUACCUGAACUCUUCAACGCCUGUCUGCUUAACAUGGCAGAGCCAGAGAAUCCAUUGCUACGACAGUGGUCAUGUCUGUGUCUGAGUAUGCUGUGGUGUGAUUAUGCUGAUGCAAAAUGGAUGGGUAUUCGCUGUAUGGCUCAUGCAAGGCUGUGCGAACUAUCUCUUGAUCCAGUCCCAGAAGUCCGGGCUUCCAUGCUCCAUGCCCUGACCAAUUUUCUGGGGAUCCCGGAUCUGACGGACCAAUUAUCACAGAUCGAGGAGGGUAUUGCCUCGUCUGUACUGUUUAUGACCUCUGACGGAAGCACUUUGGUGCGAAAAGAGUUGGUUGUUUUCCUCUCUGCGUUUGUUCAUCGCUACCAGAACAAAUUCAUUGUGGUGGCGUAUGAGCAACUUGUGCAGGAAAGAGACAGACAUCCGUACAAGGAUGGUGAGACGAAUGCAUACGAUCCCCAUAAUCCACUCUCCUCGAUAUCAGCAAACACGAUAUAUGGAUGUAUCUGGCUGCAGAUUAUGAUAUUGUCAGUCGACCCUCACCCAGAAAUCUCGCGAAAUGCUUCCAUCGUCGUGGAUGCUGUACACGAGCUUUUGAUCAAUUCGCCAAUGGGUCAGAUGGCAUUGGAUGUGAUCGAUGACCUUGUCCGAUUCUCGAAGCGGGAGGAACCCCAACUCAAGAAAAUCCCAUCUUUCAGCGCGUUGAGACAGACGGACCACCGACCAGGCACUCCACCACCACAAAUGCGGAAGAAUCAGAGCUAUCUAUCGCUCAGCCUGAAGCGCGCCGGCACGUCUCUGCGAAAUCUUGCGUUCGGCGCUACAGAAAGUGCCAACGGCUCUGCAGAAACCAGCCCUCAAGCAUCCCCCAGCAAACCAAAAGAGCCCAUCCAUCCGGUCAAUACCCCAAGAGGCCGCCUUCCGCCAGAAUGGAGUCGACCACCAGAGACAUCCGAUGCUCAUGGUUCUGGUGGUUCCUAUCAAUCAGCAACCUUACCCACUUCGGCUGGGUUUGCUCCUCUCGACCCCAAGCUCAAACAGUGGAUACCCCUGCAAAGUUCGCUGCUAGAAUGGUCGACAGAAUAUUUCCGCGAACCACAAAUGCGACCUAAUGACCCUGACGAACCAGGCUCAGCAGACUACAAUUCUCGAUUGUGGCGACGAAACCGCAACGAGAAAAUCAUCGCAGACAACCAGCCACUUAAGGGUGUGGCAGGUAGUUCGCGAUGGACUCGUCUGGAGGGAUUCCUCAACAACCACAACCAGCCCAUGAGGUUAGUCUUCCAUCAGUUCGAUGACCAUCUGGCCGUGACCGACGACAAGGACACGGUGACGAUCUGGGAUUUCCAGAAGAAUGAGCAAUUGAGCCGCUUCAGCAACGGGAACCCAGCCGGAAGCAGGAUCAAUGACGCCAAAUUCAUGAACGAAGACGACCAACCGCUGCUUAUGGUGGGGAGUUCUGACGGCAUGUUGAAAGUCUACCGCAAUUAUGGGAGUUCAAAUGAAGUCAAGAUCAUCACGGCGUUUAGAGCGUUGACGGAAAUGGUCCCUAGCAACAAGAAUGCCGGGCUGGUGUUCGACUGGCAGCAGGGUCAAGGCAAGGCUCUAGUCGCGGGUGACGUGAAAGUGAUUAAAGUGUGGAAUGCCGCGACGGAGCUUUGCGUCGGCGAUAUACCGGCCCGAAGCUCGAGUUGCGUGACGAGUCUGACGAGCGACCAGGUCGCUGGGCAGAUUUUCAUCGCGGGUUUCGGGGAUGGUGUGGUCAGGGUGUUUGACCAACGUCUCAACCCCAGGACUGCUAUGGUCAAGAUCUGGCGCGAGCAUAGGCAGUGGAUCACGAAUAUUCAUAUGCAGCGCGGUGGGGUGCGGGAGUUGAUUUCGGGCUCGAGGAAUGGCGAAGUCAAGCUCUGGGAUUUGAGAAAUGAUAAGGCUGUUUUGACGCUGAGUGCGACGACACCCAGUCAAGGCCAUGCCGCUGGAGCCGGUGCUGGUGCGGACGGCGGUCACGGUGGUGGUGCUGGUGGUACUGGUAGUGGUUUGCCGGGUGGUCCGUUACUGCGCAGUCUCAGCGUCCACGAACAUGCGCCUGUUUUUGCUGUGGGCACGGAGAAACAUGAGGUUCGCAGCUACAAUACUAAUGGCGAUGCGCUGGGCUUGUUUGAGCCGUUGCCCAGUCGUCUUGCGCAGGUUGUGGGGGGCAGUCUUGCGGGACGCGGUGCGCAUAGUCCGAUUGUGGCGACGGCGUAUCAUCCUCAUCGGAUGCUUUUGGCUUGUGCCGCGCUGGGCGAUGGACAUGUUAGCUUGAUGAGUUAUUGAUCUUGCUGAGUGCAGUAAAGCAGUACUAUGAUUGAUGGUGGGCCGGCUUGCGGUGAUAGGAGGGAUGAUGAGGAUGAGAAGGAUGUGGAUUGCGGACGGUGGCCAAGACAAAGGAAGGGUGUGACGGUACACUCACUCUUACUCUUGCUGACUGGGACUAAGUAUGUUGUAUGUGAUGUACUACGCGUCCAAUACAGCUGGGGAUGUGAGAGUUGGUGCUGGGACAAGCGUCCCGUUGAAUCAGCGGAAGGCCUUAUCUCAAUCAUGAGGACGGAGUCAAGGUUGAAUUGUGCUGGGGCUGGCAGGAUCUGGUCCUGCGCCUGGGCCUGGAACGGCAGACAUAUGACAGCAGAGCAGCGGCAAGGCAUAGCAUUGCAUAACAUUAAUGAACAAC